AUGUCGUCUGUAUGGGGUUUCCUUCGACGCAACUAUCUCAUCUUCAACCCACCUGUUGCACCGAAGCAGGAUGACGUUGUCCGCUUCGGCAUCCUAGGCGCCGCCAGGAUCGCCCCAGUGGCCCUCAUCACCCCCGCCAUGUCUCAUGGCGAAGUCGUCGUGCAGUCCGUAGCCGCCCGCGACCGCACCAAAGCCGCCGCCUUCGCCGCGAAGCAUGGCAUCCCGGACGUCAAGGACUCGUACCAGGCCCUCAUCGAUGACCCGUCCAUCGACGCCGUCUACAUCCCGCUACCGAACGGCCUGCACUACGAGUGGGCGCUCAAGGCCCUGCAGGCAGGGAAGCACAUCCUCCUCGAGAAACCGUCGGUGUCCAAUGCUCGGGAGGCCGAGGCGCUGUUCGGGCUGCCCCUCCUGAAGGGCCCCAAUGCCCCUGUGCUGCUGGAGGCGUUUCACUACCGCUUCCAGCCGAGCUGGCAGUUUUUCCUGACCCUCGUCGACCAGGACAGCGUGGAGCACGUCAAGACAAGCGGGCGGAUACCGUGGUUCAUGACGACGGGCGACGGCGACAUCCGGUUCCAAUAUGACCUUGCCGGCGGCGCGCUGAUGGACUUGGGCACGUACUGCGUCAGCGGGAUCAGGCAGACGUUCGGGCGGGAGGCGGAGGAGUGUCUGGAGGCGCGGUUCGAGACGAUGCCGGCGCCCGAGGAGAGGACGGACUACGCGUGGCGGAUCGUGUGGAGGAUGAAGGGGGGCGGGACUGCGGAGACUGAGGGCGGGCUGAGGGCAGCGUCGCUGAAUUUCGGGGUACCCAGGCUGAGCGUGUCUCACAAGGCGGCCGUGGUCGACGAUCCAAAGCUGCCGCCCGGGCAGGAGAAGACGCGCAAGAGGAGGAUCGAAUUUGAGAACUUCAUGCUGGGCGGGGUGUGGCACCGCAUCGACGUCGAGGACGAGUUCGUCGUCAAGAGCACGCAGACCGGAGAGGUGGUGAGACGGUGGACCGAGAAGACGACGCGCAAGACGUACACGUUUGAGGAGGCCGGGUUGGAGGGGAAGGGUACGGGGGAAGAGUGGUGGCUCACGUAUCGACAUCAGUUGGAGCAGUUUGUUAACCGUGUCAAGGGGAGGGAGACGGGGGUCUGGGUGGACGGGGAGGACAGCAUCAACCAGAUGAGGAUGAUCGAUAUGGCGUACGAAAAGGCCGGGUUGCCGGUGAGAAGGUCGCCUGGCGUUGCCAGCUGA